UUGAGUUUGAUUUCUGCAGAGUUUUACAGAUUAUUUCUUGUUAUUUAACCGAAAAUGGUAGCCAACAAGCAGAAAUCUACAAAACGGAAAGCACCGGCAGCUUCGGAGCAGAAAAAUGUCGAAAAACUUGCCCCAAAGUUAAGUGCCAAAAAGUCCCAACCAGACGGCGAGGAUUCUGCCAGCGAUUAUUAUGAAUCGGAUGAGGAAAAUCUGCUAACCAACAUCAAUAAUGAAAACGAUGAAGAUAGCUCCGAUUCGGAAGGUGAGGGCUACGAUUCUCAAGCAGAAGGCAGUGAGGAUGAGGUGCAAAGUUUUGAUAGUGUGGAUUCCGAUUUUGAAGAUCAGUCAGGUGAAGACGAAAGCGAGCCGGAAGAGGACAAUGAAGGGCAAGAUUCGGCAGACGAUGUGAACAGUGACAGUUCUCCAGAACCGGAUGACGAAGAUGAUAGUGAUGAUGAGCUAGAAUUCGAAGAGGACGUGGCAGAACCGGCAAAACCAAAAGCUUUAGCUAAACCAGGUAGAUCGUUGAAAGUCAGAGUAUCUACACAACCUGAUGAACAAAUUGAAAAUGAAGAUGACGAUGAAACUGCUCAGUUAUUGAAAGCAGCUGAGCAAGAAGAUGAAAAAUUAGCCGAUAUUGAUAGUGUACUAGAGCAGACCGAAGUCAAAACUAGGGGCGUUGGAGUGUUAGGUCCGGAAUCAAAAUCUCGACUCAAAGAAGAUGAGUAUGCAGCUGGGGACACGUCGGAUGAGGAAGAUAUUCGGAAUACCGUGGGAAAUAUUCCGAUGCAUUGGUACGAUGAAUACAAACAUAUCGGCUACGAUUGGGACGGAAAUAAGUUGAUCAAACCUCCGAAGAGUGACGCCAUUGAUGAUUUCAUUAAGAAAAUGGAAGACCCCAACUUCUGGCGGACGGUAAAAGAUCCCCAGACGGGACAGAAUGUGAUUUUAAGCGAUGAAGAUAUUGGUCUUAUAAAGAGAAUAAUGUCUGGCAGCAAUCCGGAUGUGCAUUAUAAUGAUUAUGAGCCCUGGAUUGAGUGGUUCUCUUCGGAAGUGGAAAAAAUGCCAAUUCGUAACAUCCCGGAUCACAAGCGUUCGUUUUUGCCCAGCAAGUCAGAGAAGCAAAAAAUUGGUCGCCUUGUGCACGCUCUAAAGAUGGGAUGGAUAAAAACGCGUGCCGAAACUGAGAAGUUAGCGGCCCUGAAAAAGGGUCCCAAGUUUUACAUGGCAUGGGACACCGAUCACGGAAGGGAGGAAAUGCGGCGCAUCCACGAUCAUGUUGUUGCUCCUAAGCGAGCGCUGCCUGGGCAUGCUGAAUCGUACAAUCCACCGCCGGAGUAUUUGUUCAAUGAACGGGAACUAGUUGAGUGGAACAGUCACGAAGAAGAGCCCUGGAAAAGAAAACUGCACUAUAUUCCGCAAAAGUAUAACUCCCUGCGGGAAGUCCCUUAUUAUGAUAAAUAUAUUAGAGAACGGUUUCUGCGUUGCCUAGAUUUGUACCUUUGUCCUCGUGGUAAAAGAACUCGAGUGACCGUUGGACCGGAGUAUCUUAUACCGAAGCUGCCCUCGCCAAGGGACCUGCAACCGUUCCCAACACUGCAGAACUUAAUUUACAAGGGACAUACGGAUAUGAUCCGUUCGAUUAGCAUGGAACCUAAAGGAGAAUAUUUGGUGAGCGGAUCUGACGAUCAGACUGUCAAAAUUUGGGAAAUUUCUACUGCCAGAUGCAUCCAAACCAUUCAGACGGGAGAUAUCGUCCGAUCGGUUGCAUGGUGUCCCAACAGUAAGAUUUCUCUGAUUGCUGUAGCCACCGGAAAGCGUCUUUUGCUUAUUAAUUCUAAGGUUGGAGACAGUCUCAUUGUGAAAAAGACAGACGACCUACUGGUGGAAGCUCCCAAAUCAGAAGUAGUCGACAACGAACGGAUUACAACCGCCGUACAGUGGGUUGAGGUUUCGGAAGACGAGCGGAAAGCUGGCGUGCGGAUUGUUAUCGACCAUUUCAAGGAAGUGAAACAGGUAACGUGGCAUGGAAGGGGAGACUAUUUUGCGACGGUUAUGCCGGAAGCUGCAAACCGGUCAGUGCUGAUUCAUCAACUGUCGAAACGAAGAUCGCAGUUACCGUUCUCCAAGAGUAAAGGAUUGAUUCAGUGCGUUCUGUUCCACCCGGUGAAACCGUGUCUUUUUGUUGCUACUCAACGGCAUGUUCGGGUAUAUGAUUUGGUCAAACAGGAAUUGCUUAAGAAGCUUUUCCCCAGCUGCAAAUGGAUCUCCAGCAUGGCCAUUCAUCCGAAGGGUGAUAAUCUACUGGUGGCUACGUAUGAGAAAAAGAUGAUGUGGUUCGAUCUGGAUUUGUCAACUCGGCCCUACCAACAGUUGAAGCUGCACUACUCGGCCGUCCGGAAUGUGGCGUUCCAUCUGCGGUAUCCUUUGUUUGCAUCGGCCAGUGACGACCGUAGCGUUAUUGUGUCACACGGAAUGGUUUACAAUGACUUACUGCAAAAUCCAUUGAUCGUCCCACUCAGACGGUUGGAACAUCAUGACCGAGUUAAUGAUUUCGGAGUGUUCGAUGUCGUAUUUCACCCAACACAGCCGUGGUUGUUUUCAUCGGGGGCGGAUCACACAAUUCGAUUGUUUACAUAAAGUGUAUAAUACCUAUGUUUAAUGUUAGAAUAUUUGUC